GAUUUUGAGAAGAAAAACUCUUGCCAAUGCAUUUGUUAACAUUUUCAAUCGAGACUGUGGAACCGCAAUUUACCGAAAGACGAAAUAAAAAAAACAUAAAAAUCCGCACUGGUCCUUCGUUGUGACGUCACACCGGAAGUUUUCGAGUGUUUCCGGAAGAAGCGCUCAUAGUUGGUCGGGAUUCAGCGUGAGUGAAAAUGAGCUCCAUCGGGACCGGAUACGACCUGUCAGCCUCCACCUUCUCCCCCGAUGGCCGGGUGUUCCAGGUGGAGUACGCCAUGAAGGCGGUAGAGAACAGCAGCACGGCCAUCGGGAUCCGCUGUAAGGACGGCGUCGUGUUCGGGGUGGAGAAGCUCGUCCUGUCCAAACUGUACGAGGACGGGUCCAACAAGCGCAUCUUCAACAUCGACAGACAUGUCGGCAUGGCGGUUGCUGGUCUACUAGCUGAUGCUCGCUCCCUGGCCGAAGUCGCCAGAGAGGAAGCCUCCAGCUUCAGAUCAAACUAUGGACAUGACAUUCCUCUGAAGCAUCUGUCGGACAGAGUGGCCAUGUAUGUCCACGCCUACACGCUGUACAGCGCCGUCAGGCCCUUCGGCUGCAGUUUCAUCCUGGGGUCAUACGACAAGGAUGAUGGUCCUCAGCUCUACAUGGUUGACCCGUCUGGCAUCUCACACGGCUACUGGGGCUGCGCCAUCGGAAAAGCCAAGCAAGCUGCCAAGACAGAGAUAGAAAAACUCCAGAUGAAGGAGAUGACGUGCAGAGAGCUGGUUAAAGAGGUGGCCAAAAUAAUCUACAUAGUUCACGACGAGGUGAAGGACAAAGCGUUUGAGUUGGAGCUCAGCUGGGUCGGAGAGGUCACAAAUGGACGACACGAGUUUGUUCCCAAGGAAGUCAGAGAAGAAGCAGAGAAAUACGCUAAGGAUUCUUUGGAGGAGGAGGACGACUCAGACGAGGACAACAUGUAAAACCCAGCACUCACCCCCCUCUCAUGAAAUGUGGCUCCGACUUAGAUUCUUUUUAUAUUGUUCAUUAACCGUCACGUUCGUUGCGCUUCUGGAUUGAUUUUCAUCUUUGAAAAUAAAAGGAAGAAAAAUUG